AUGGACUUAUUGUGCAGCGAGGUGGGUGAAAACGUUAGCAUCAGUGCGCUUUCGAGUGUACCGGGCGGUUGGCGUGGACGAGCCGAACAAAUUCGGAAUCUACAGCAAAAAUUGGCAGAGCUGCAGGUGAAAUUGUCUGAAAGCGAGAGACCUCAGAAAGAAUUUUCCACUUCUCUAGAUCGUCAAAAUUUGGCAUGUCUCCGGAACGCUGAAAAGGAAAGACGACAACAGAUUGAAAAUACAGCGAAAGAACUGAGACGAACAGAAGUAGCAUUGGAGGCAUCGAAGAGAAAGCUCGACGCUUUCAAAGCGAGAAUAAAAGUAUUGGAGCAAGAAUUGAGUAGUGCGAAGAGAAAUAUUACGAUACUUGAUGAAAAAAGGUCUCACGAUGAUCGUUUGAUUGAUACGCUUAACGAACGAUUAAAGAUUUCCGAAGCGAGAUAUCAAGAACGCGAGGAGGAAGUGCAAAAUAGAGGACACAAGAUCGAACGUGAGAACGCGAAUAUCAAGAACGAGUUGAGAGCAACGCAGUUGCAUGUUGAUCGAUUACGUAAGAGAUUGGAGGAACGCGAGAUUGAGAUUGACAAAUUAAGAAAUGGCAUCUCGUCGGAUGAUUUUUUCAACUGCCAAACCUCGCUUUGUCCAGAUUUUCAUCUAAUCGAAAAGCAGCAGAUCAAUCCAAUUGCUAGUCCUCAAAGCUUAGGUGAACCAAAUGAAUAUGUGACCGUAGCUUUAGCUGCUGAAGCUGAACGAGUGAGACUGUUAGAAUUGAUAACCGUACUCAAUCAACGACUAAAUAAGGAAAGAAAUGAAGUUGACUCACUUACAGAAUCGUUGCGUAAGGAAAAAAACAAGUGUGCGAAAUUAGAAUUGAAAUUACGAGAUUCGGAAAGAGAAAGAGUAGGACUUGCUAAAGUGAAUACGGGACAUAAAAUAAGAUCUUGCGUGAAAUCGAUGUCGAGUCUCGGAACGGAGGAAGAGACCGCCAACUUAGAAGAAGCUCGUUAUAAAAUUGAAUUACUAGAAGAGGAGUGUCUAGCAUUAAAGGCCAGAUUAGAUACCGUGCAGCAGGAUAAAGCAUCGGAUCUUAACAUGUACAAGCGAAUGUUCGAUCAAGCCAGAAAGAUUUUUAAAGACGCGUGCAGAAAUAAAUCAGCUGUCAGUGAAAGUCGUUCGACAAUAACUAUUUAACGAAAACAAAAAGGCACCGCAAGAAUAAACGAGAGAACAUUUCUGAUUCUUGAUUCCUAAUUCAAUUCGAGGUAAAUUGCAUUGAGAAAAUUUGAGAGAGACAGUUGUUAGAGAAACAGAUAAAAUAAAACAUUCUUAUACGAGGUAGACGAGACAGUCGCUUGUAAUCGGAAUAGAUGCAGCAGCAACAAAAAGCCACGCCGUGGAUGGCGUGGCGAUGUAACUAGGACACGAGAUAAGGUGCAACGCCUCCACGUAAACCCAUGUGACAUCGUCGGAGUAAAACUUACAAUUUCGUCUUCACCUCUUUCCUCACUGUUGCUUUAACGUUGCGGUGUUUACUUCAGACGACUCGUUUACUUCUACCAUUGAUAUCGCACGCAGCGGCAUCGCAAACGGCCGUAAAUUCAUGCCAUUCACGUUAUCCAUAAGAGCAAAACGAGACGAUUCUCAAUCUCGUGUCUACUUAGAAGUUUGAAAAAAUACUCUAUUUUCUGAGAUCUAUGUGACAUUCUAUAAAUCGCGAUAUUCUAUAAAUAAAUGGCAAAAUAUAAACAUACACGUAUGUAUAUGCAAGAUGAUCAAUGGUUAGAAAUGCAAAAAUUAAUUUUUCCUAAAAAAUAAAAA